UUCAGUAGUACCGUUCCACGGACCUUUGUCACAUUUUUUUUUCGGAACUCUUAUUUAAUAGGCAAAUUAUAAAUUAAAUUUGUAGAGAUAAACUCCACAUACAAAUGAGCAGCGUGGGCGACGAUUGCAACGAGCUGAAGCAGCAGUACGACGCCUGUUUCAACAGCUGGUUUUCCGAGCGGUUCCUAAAAGGUCAAACGGAUGACUCAGCGUGCGCGCCGAUUUUCCGGGUCUAUCAGGAGUGCGUCAAGCGCGCCAUUAAAGAGAAGAAGAUCAAUUUGCGGGAGAUAGAUCCCAUCUACGAGACCAGUUCCGAUGAAGACAAUGCCAACAGUGCCGGUGAAAAGCAGCAGAAGAAGGGCAAGAGUUGACCUCAAAUUUUCACCUCACUAGAAGCAAGAAAAUACGGCGCAAACCUUGAAACGCACGUAAACUGAACAAGUUCGUAGCACUUUGAUGGUUUACAAUAUAAAGACCAUGACCAACUGAUUGAUUUAAUUACAAA